AUGGCGAUGCUCGAUGAUGACGCAGACGCGCGAACGCGGAUGGACGGACGGGUGGACGGAUGGACGGGUGGGCUCGAAGUCGAAGUUGACGCUGACGGGACGGAAGAAUCGAAUCGAAUCGUUGACUUCGCACGCCCAACUUUCCUCGCACUCGCCCAGGCUUUCGCCGUUGCCCUCAUUCUCUCCUCUCCUUUCAACCGCGACUCUACCCACUGCUGCUUUACCCAGUCUAUCCAGUCCCGGUGCGCACCCAACCGGCACUCUGCCGCCGUCCGCUGCGCUACCGACGGCCAGCUCACCCUUCCUCACAGCCCAACAAUCCCCCUGACGAGGCGCCAGUCAAGGGCGUCGUUGCAGAUGCUGAACCACCCUUCGUUGGCGGUGUCCUCUGCCGCUCUUACCUCCUCCGCCCUUUCGUCUACCCUUACCUCCUCCCUUUCCUCGGCUACUCACGGCUCGUUGGCCUCUGCCCAUACAGCGCCAGGACCAGGAGAGAUCCCUGAGAGCAUGGAAGUCGUCGUAAAGGCGUUGUCGAGGAAGGGGUCGACACUGCAUACGCCCUCGACGCUGCAUACGCCGUCUACCAGUAUUUCGAGUACGAGUGCGGGAAGCGCGACUGGGGCUGGCAGUGUGUCAGGAGGAGGAACAGGCGGAAGACAGCGUAACGCGGUGUACAUCGACUCUGAGGAGGUUAGGGAGAGGUUGGAUGAGCUGCUUUCGUUGAGCUUGGCUGCUGCGCGGGAUGUGGAACACGUCGAGGAGACUGCUGAGGAUGCCGGAGAGGUUGUAAAUGCCGAGAGCAGUGGCAGUGUGGAGGACGCGACAAUGGAAGAUGCUGAAACUGUGGAAGGCCCAGCGCCAGCAGACCCUCUUCCUACCCUCGAGGCGAAACCCAAACCCAAACCCGAGCCUCCCUCCGCCGCUGUAGAACCCAUCAUCGACAUACACCCCUCCUCUUCCUUACUCCAACCACCACCUUCCACGACAUCCUCGAUCUUCCCUUCUUCUCCUUCCCUCUCCAUGCCUCAUGGACGACACCCUCCGUACUACUCCACGCCAUACUACAGUACGCCGUAUGCGUCGUCUUCGCAGGUCUACCUGGGGAACACACUCGAACCCGGGCAUACAGGGCCUGGGUAUGCGUCGGGCCCUGGGUAUGCGUUGGGCCACGUGCCGAAGCAGGACUCGAACGGGUCAAGCAGCGGCUCUUCAGGGUACUUCGCUGUGCAACAACGUACCCAUACCCUUGAGAAGAGGGUGGGGAUGCCACCGCAUCGGGGGGAGCGCGAGAAGCCCAUCAGACCACCGCCUGCGCCCCCGCUCGACCUUUCGCUCGAGAUCGCAGAUGGAGUGGAGGUGGUGUUGCCCGGCGAGCCGAACGUGGAAGAGAGCAUGGUCUUUGCGCGCAGCCCGGUCCUGGCGGAGUUCCGAGAGGAGGAUUAUGGACAUGGACGGGGGUUUGGGUAUGAUAGCGAGGAGGAGGGGUAUGGGUGUGGGUAUGGGUGUGGUGGUCGGUUGGAUGGAGAGGAUGAGGAGUUCGCCGGAGGGUUCGAUGGAGAGGACGGAGAGGCAGAGGAUGGAGAGGGGUAUGGAGAGGAGGAGGAGGAGGAGGAGGAAGAGGAAGACGAGAGAGCAGCCUAUGCUGUGGAGCUGGGCGUCGAGGACCGGAUGGUGUUUGACGGACGCGAGGCCGGAGCUGGGGCUGCAGUCUCGCGAGGACUCAGUGCGACAGCGGCAGGUGCAGGUGCGGCAGGUGCGGGAGGAGGGCGACACAAAGAGGAAGAGGGCACAAAGGCAGGAGCGGUGGCGGGGCCGGGUGUGAGGAGGAAGAGGAGGACGAGUCGGCGGAUGAGCGUGCUUGGCGGAGGGAGGAGUCUGGGUGGUGGAAGCGGAAGAGGCAAGGGCCCGUACGGACGGUACGCAAGUGGUGGUGGUAGUGGUGUGGGCAUUGGGAUUGGGGGUACGAUGUCCAGCGCUGCGGCUGGCCAACCUCAACCUCAACUGACCGACGACGGGCUGGCACCUCCAGACCCGAACCAGUCAAGAUGGAGCCUCGCCUCGUCUACCUUGGACGUCCCGCCGUCUACCUCCCUUCCUGUUCCUGUUCCUGCGUCGAACAUCCACAUCCUUUCGUCGCUUUCGCUUUCGCUCGCUGUGGGUGGUACGCCGAAGAAUGACAGGAAGGAUAAGGACAGGUCGGUCAAGGAGAAGGAGAAGGAGAAGGAGAAGGAGAAGGCAGGCAAGGAUAAAACCCCAACGCCUAAAGAGAAGAAGGAGAGGAAGGAGAAAAAGGGCCAGAGGAGGAGCUUCGUCCCUUUUGUUUCAGGUUCCCCGUCCGCCAACGCAUCGGCCAACGCCUCGGCCACAACCUCGGCGAAGGCAACGCCUAGUGGGAGCGCCAACGCGACUGAGGAGCACCUCCUGCUCUUGUCGCCUAUCUCGUCGGCACACUUCCCUGUGUCGCCCAACACACCCGACACCCCGUCGUCUCCUACCGACAAGGACACCCCGAAUGGAGGCAAAGGAGGCAAAGAGGGACAAGGAGCGAAUGGAACACUAGGAGCGAAUGGAGGAGGGAAAGAGAAGAAACGCUCCCGCCUCGCGUCGUUCAUCUCCCGCCUGUCGGGUGUGGGGAGCGGGGGGAGCGUGUCGUCUCCCUCCGUAUCGUCUCCUGCGCUAGGGGUGGGGUUCGUGUUUACGCCUCCCAACACCAACGCCAGUGGGUUUGCGAGUAGUGGCCCGUUGAGCCCUCCAUUGCCGAGUGUGACUUCGUCUGCGGGGUUCCAUUUUGGAUCCUCUGAGGAAAGUGGGAGCGGGCAUGGUGGAUUACUGCCGUCGCCUGUGAUCGUCUCGACGGCGGCGACGGCGAAGAGCGAGGCGAAGAGCGAGGUGAAGAACGAGGGUAAGGCGAGCCCGCCUUUGCCGCCUUUGCCUGCACCAUCGCCCUCGCCGCCCUCGCCUCCUGUUACCACUGCACCACCAUCGCCUCCUUCAGCUGCCGCUGCUACCCCGGCUCCAGCUCCAUCGCCAGCCCCAGCAUCUCCGGCAGUCGUAACAUCGUCAACGAAAGCGAAGCCCCAUGGCCUGAACCUCAAGCUCAAGAUCGCAGGGUCCGUACGGGGGUCUUGGGAGCCCCAAACUCAAUCCGUUACUACCACCACCCAACCUCCUUCAACGACAACGGCAUCGGCCACGUACGGAACGUCGAAGAGUGUACCAAGCUCGCCACUCGCGUCGAAGCCUGCGCCUCUCCUUCCUCUCCCUAUGUCCAUGUCCUCGUUGGGCUUUAGCUCGGGUGGGAUUGGAGGUGUGGGAGCGGCGGGCCUACCCCCACUCCCACCUAUCCCGGGUACACCAGCCGCGCUGGACAAGUCGUUCUCUGAGCCUCUCCUCGGUGUUGGUGCCGAUGGGCCAACGAAGUCGGUGCCACCCACGACUAACACAGGGAUGGGUGCAGGAGUGAGGCAGCGAGCCAACUCGGCAGCUGAUUUGCUCGUCCUUCGCUCAACGGCCAGCGCUAGAGACAGCGGGGCGGGGAAGAGGGAUAGUGUAGGUCUUGCAGCUGCUACGAUGAGCCAUGGGCACCGAGAUCGAGUGCCCCAUCCCGUCUCCGCUGCUGCCAUCACUGCCACUUAUACCGUUGCAGGUAGCCCGUGGACGGCGCGCAGGCCUGCGCUGGUGAAGAGCGCGAGUGCGUCGGUUCUGCGUCAUCAGCACCCUCACCCACCGCCGCCGCCGUCUCUUGCCCUCGCUUCGAGCAAUAGUGCCAAGGCGGAGGAAAGCGUCCCGCCGACACCGUCUUCCGUGGCGAGCACGGAUGAUUAUGGCGAGGAGCGCGUGCCUGGUGUGAGGGGGAAGAGGUUCGAGGUGUAUGGAGAGGAACAAGAGGAAGAGGAGAUCGAGGGGCUGGAGGAGGCGUUGGAGGGUGCUGGUGUUAGUGUUGGUGUGGAGAGGAGGGUGGAGGAGAGAAGGGCGAAGGUGCGGGAGUACCAGAAGGAACAGAUAGGUCAGUCAAACUUGCAGCACCGGCAGAGCCGUGAACACCUCCAACAACACCAUGGCCAACACCACGGUCAACAACAUCUCCAGCACUACCAGAGCCGCGAGUCCCUCCUCCGGCACCAUCCUAGCCAUGAACGGCUCCGGCACCAAGCAAGCCACGACCGCCUCCUCCUCCGGCACAACAACCCCAGCCAGCAGGAACUGGCGCUCGCGCAUAUGCUCCGCGCACGCGAGCAGCAGCAGUUACAACUCCAUCUCUCGUCGACGUCGCCCGGAUCGCCCUCGACUACAAGCCUCUCCCAAAGCCUCUCACAACAAAGCCUCUCACAAAGUCUCUCCGCCUCCGUCUCCCGAAGUGUAGCCAGCCCAACCUCCUCAGGUCCGAGCCCAAGCCCGAGCCCGUACUACGGCAGCAUAGGCUACGGCCCCCCGCGCACGUCCAGCCGCAGUGCCACCGCCCCAAGCGUGAGCAGUGCCGCUCUGAGUGUGAGCAGCGCCACUGGAAGCGCGAAGGGCUUGAGCUCGGGCAAGGAGGCUGCGAGAGUGGAGGGGAUGUUGAUGGCGCUCGGCCCGGUUCUGGGCCCGCAGGCGAAGGAAGUGGCGGAGAUGAAGAAGAGGGAGAUGAAGGAGCAAAAAGAGGUGGAGAAGGCGGAGAGAGGGGUCAGUAAGGAGCAGAGGCAGAGGUUGCGGAGCAUGACGAGCUUGGGCAACAUGUCGUCCACGACGUCGGGCUCGGGCGUUGGCAGUGGGGGCAGGAGCAGUGGUUUCAGGGGAUUGGUGGAGAGGAUCGGAGGGAGGGGCAGGGCGCAUGCCGCUAGCGUUGGUGCGAGCGGUGCGAGCGUACCGUUCAGUCCUCUGUCACCGUCGUACCCGCACCACCACCCACAGACGCUAACGUCAAGCAGCUACCAGCAACAGCUCCAUCGUAUGCCAUCCACACCCAUCCUCGAGCACUACCGCACGUCGUCCUCACCCAGCCCGACGCACUCGCCUUCAACUUCGUCGUUCGGCGAGCUGAGAGAGAUGACGAGGGCCCCGAAUGGGAGCCUGUAUGUUGAUUUUAAGAAGGCGAGCGUUGCUGAGACGGUCUGCCGCCUUCAGGCUCAGGUGUACAUCAAAGGCGCGGGCAGCGUCACGCUCUCGUGGUACACCAAGAAGAAGCCGCUAUAG